AUGGCGGCCCUCUCGCUCCCUGCGUGGUUGGCUCUGCAGACGCGAGCCGGGACCCUUCGUGCCUUUUCCACCGCUGUGUCUCCUGUCACUGGCGCUCCGAGACUAAGCCCGCCUACAACAGAAAGACCCUCCAAACAUGAAAGGCCGCUGAGAAGAAAGGCACUACCUCCCAGGACAGAGAAAAUGUCUGUUGACCAGGACUGGCCUAGUGUUUACCCUGUUGCAGCUCCGUUUAAACCCUCUGCAGUACCUCUUCCUAUUCGAAUGGGUUAUCCAGUAAAAAGGGGAGUGCCCAUGGCUAAGGAGGGAAAUCUGGAACUUUUAAAGAUUCCCAAUUUUCUGCAUUUGACUCCUGUAGCAAUUAAAAAGCACUGUGAAGCUCUUAAAGAUUUUUGCACUGAGUGGCCAGCUGCAUUAGACAGUGAUGAGAAAUGUGAGAAGCAUUUUCCAAUUGAAAUUGACACAGCUGAUUAUGUUUCAUCAGGACCAUCUAUUCGAAACCCCAAAGCACGAGUAGUGACCUUAAGGGUUAAACUUUCUAGUUUGAAUUUAGAUGAUCAUGCAAGGAAGAAACUUAUUAAACUAGUGGGAGAUCGAUACUGCAAGCGCACAGAUGUGCUUACCAUCAAGACAGACAGGUGCCCUUUAAGGAGACAGAAUUAUGAUUAUGCAAUGUAUCUACUCACAGUUUUAUACCAUGAGUCUUGGAAAACUGAAGAGUGGGAGAAAAAGAAGACUGAAGCAGACAUGGAAGAGUAUGUAUGGAAAGAUAGCGCCUCAGAAAAAAACAUUCUGGAAACCCUUCUCCAGAUUAAAGCUGCUGAGAAAAAUCCAGAAUUAAGUAAAGAAGAGCUCCUUAGUAUGAAAGAAGUUGAAGAUUACAAAAAUUCUGUUGUUAGUCUUAAGAAUGAGGGGGACAAUGAGAAUACCCUUUCUCAGUACAAAGAUUCAGUGAAGAGACUAUUACAUUUGAUGUGA